AUGGGGGGACGUAGCAGUCGACCCGUCAACGACGGGAACGCUGAAACAACGUUAGCAAGACCACAGGAUGAAGAAACAGGACGGGCAGUACAAGUCGCCGGCUCGCACGAAGAACUGGGCGAUAGUCACGCUCCACAGCAGGCGCAAGCAGUGGAUCCGCCUGAGAUCAUUGGAAUCUCGCACGCAGGCACCGUAGUCGAGACGCUGGAACGCCUGACAGCAUUACAUGCGCGGAGGAUAAGGCUAACGCAGCGAGCAGAAGCGGUGAUAGAAGUGCACGCUCCCCAAGAUCUCAAAGUUUUGGUGCAGAAACCUUGCCACAUAAAGUUCAUUCCUGUCUACCAACAAGCCAUUGUAGGUUCAGCUGGGACCGCAGAAGACCCACAGCAUCUCGCCGAGUGGGAGACUUUCGCGAGGGCGCUUUUGGCCGUGCACCGUUGUAUUUCCUGCUUUUCGCUGCACAUCUCGGCUGUUCCCCAACCUCGUGGGCACUUCUACCGGGGCUUCAGUCUACAAAAUGGAAUCAUCCUGAUUAAUAUUGAAACCUCAGCUUUUGAGGACCCUUGGAGAGAUUUUGUGCUGCCCUGCUUGCGGUACUUGUAUCGCCUGAGGAAUCCCCAGCACACAACAGUACACUACCUUGACCAGAGUCCUGCCCCACCUCCGGGCGAUAUCACCAACCAGAUCUACGCCGCGGUCACUGUAGGGAUAGGACUUCCGGAAUUCAUCGACAACAGGAUUUCCGGAAUACUGGAUGCAACAAUGAAUAUGCGGUCUCUGCGCCAGAUUGCAAUAUACUUCAACAACACUGGUGCGGGACCAGUGGUACAAAGGAAUGUCUGGUUAAUUCUGACACACCACGGCCGCUCCGGCCAUUGGAGGCUGACGUACGAGGUCGAUGGAGGACUCCAGAGCCUCAUGAACUGUGAAAGUGACACUAACCCCGAAGUCACGACAACGGUUGGCAUUGACAGGGGCGUACCACUGCCUAGACUAGUCGCACGGACGUGAACUGACGGGUUCCUUGGUCGACCUGGCGCAGUAUAUAAUAACACUAACACAUGAUGCUUCGCCCUAUAAUUUAAUUGUCAGUGUGAUGCCAAUCGUAUCGAGACAAUUAGGCAAUU